AUGCGUCCUACUCAGUACCUCCUCGGAGGCGGCGGCGGUGCCCCUAUCGGCACCCAUGGAAAAUACCUCGGCGACUGGGGCAACUUUGGUGGCAUGAAGCAGAAGGGUAUCAUCUCCUACGGCAUUGCCCCCAACCGCCACGCACAGGUCCUGUACUGGGCCCCGCCGAUGAUUGCCGGUUACUACAUCGUGAACUGGGCCGUUGAGAGGAACCACUACCUCAACUCGAAGCAGGGCCGCGCCGAGUUCGGUGGCCAGGAGGAGUAA